GCUCGUUUAUUGCAACGGUCAAGGCUGGCUCGUGCCAGAACAGCGUGCGCGCGCGCACACACACACGCACACACGCACACACACACGCGCCGGGGAAAACUUUUUAAAAAAAAUGAAAGCCUAGACUAGCUCUUCAGCGGCCGGGCGCUGCGCGAGGGGUUCGGAGUUGACUCCCCGCAGCAGGAAGUCCCUCGGGCCGCGACGCCCGGCCCCCGCUCGGCGCCCGCGGGGGAUGGUGCAGCGCCUGCCGCCCGGCCCCGAGAGCUGCUGCUGCACGGAAGGCCGGCGACGAUGGCAGCGCGCCCGCUGCCCGCGCCCCCCGCCCGCGCCCUCCUGCUCGCCCUGGCCGGGGCUCUGCUGGCGCCGCGCGCGGCCCAAGGGGUGAACUUGGGAAGCAGAUUUGUACCUUCCAUGCAACAGGCCGGCACGAGGGACGGGAGAGGAGCUUACGAAGUGGUCAGUGCCUCUCUUUUGAAUGGAGACCCGUGGAACCCAGUGACAAACGCGGACACAAAGAAUCAUCCAGGAGUCUUGAAUUUUCGAAUACAACUGGAAAGCAAAGAACUGAUUGUAAAUCUGGAAAGAAACAAAGGCCUCAUUGCCAGCAGUUUCAUAGAAACCCACUAUCUGCAAGAUGGCACUGAUGUCUCCCUCAUUCGAAAUUACACAGGUCACUGUUACUACCAUGGACACGUGCAGGGCUAUUCUGGUUCCACGGUCAGUCUCAGCACUUGUUCUGGUCUCAGGGGACUUAUUACAUUUGAAAAUAAAACCUACAUUUUGGAGCCAAUGAAAAAUGAAACCAACAGAUACAAACUCUUCCCAGUGGAGAAACUGCAGAGCACCUGGGGAUCCUGUGGAUCAAACACAACGGGCCUCGCUAUGCAUGACAGGCUCCCACCGCACUCCCAGACCUGGACAAGAAGGCAAAAAAGAGAGACCCUCAAGACGACCAAGUAUGUAGAGCUCGUUAUUGUGGCAGACAACCGAGAGUUUCAGAGGCAAGGAAAAGACCUGGAAAAAGUCAAACAACGAUUAAUAGAGAUCGCUAAUCACGUUGACAAGUUUUACAGACCGCUGAACAUUCGAAUCGUGUUGGUGGGCAUAGAGGUGUGGAAUGACAUCGACAAAUGCUCCAUAAGUCAGGACCCAUUCACGAGCCUCCACGAGUUUCUGGACUGGAGAAAGAUGAAGCUUCUACCUCGCAAAUCCCAUGACAACGCACAGCUUAUCAGUGGAGUUUAUUUCCAAGGGACCACCAUCGGCAUGGCGCCCAUCAUGAGCAUGUGCACGGCAGAACAGUCCGGGGGAAUCGUCAUGGACCAUUCAGACAGUCCCCUUGGCGCAGCUGUGACCCUGGCCCAUGAGCUGGGACACAAUUUCGGGAUGAACCAUGACACCCUGGAGAGGGGCUGUAGCUGCAGAAUGGCUGCCGACAAAGGAGGCUGCAUCAUGAACCCCUCAACCGGGUACCCGUUCCCCAUGGUAUUCAGCAGCUGCAGCAGGAAGGACCUGGAGGCCAGCCUGGAGAAGGGCAUGGGUAUGUGCCUCUUUAACCUGCCGGAAGUGACGCAGUCCUUCGGGGGCCAGAAGUGCGGCAAUGGAUAUGUCGAAGAAGGGGAGGAGUGUGACUGUGGCGAACCGGAGGAGUGUCUGAAUCUCUGCUGCAAUGCCACCACCUGUACCCUGAAGCCAGAUGCUGUCUGCGCACACGGACUGUGCUGUGAAAACUGCCAGCUGAAGCCUGCAGGAACGGCGUGCAGGGACUCUAGCAACUCCUGCGACCUCCCGGAGUUCUGCACGGGAGCCAGUCCUCACUGCCCAGCCAACGUGUACCUGCACGACGGGCACCCGUGUCAGGGAGUGGAUGGCUAUUGCUACAACGGCAUCUGCCAGACCCACGAGCAGCAGUGCAUCACCCUCUGGGGACCAGGUGCUAAACCUGCCCCCGGGAUCUGCUUCGAGAGAGUCAACUCUGCAGGCGACCCUUACGGCAACUGCGGCAAAGACUCCAAGAGUUCCUUCGCCAAGUGCGAGAUGAGAGAUGCUAAAUGUGGAAAAAUCCAGUGUCAGGGAGGUGCCAGCCGACCAGUCAUCGGUACAAAUGCCGUUUCCAUAGAAACGAAUAUCCCCCUGCAGGAAGGAGGUCGGAUUCUGUGCCGUGGGACCCACGUGUACUUGGGCGAUGACAUGCCGGACCCAGGGCUUGUGCUUGCCGGCACAAAGUGUGCAGAUGGAAAAAUGUGCCUCAAUCGUCGGUGUCAGAACGUAAGUGUCUUCGGUGUUCACGAAUGUGCGGUGCAGUGCCACGGCAGAGGGGUGUGUAACAAUAGGAAGAACUGUCACUGCGAGGCCCACUGGGCCCCUCCCUUCUGUGACAAGUUUGGCUUUGGAGGAAGCAAGGACAGCGGCCCCAUCCGGCAAGCAGGUAACCAAGGUUUAACCAUAGGAAUUCUGGUGACCAUACUGUGUCUUCUUGCUGCUGGAUUUGUGGUUUAUCUCAAAAGGAAGACAUUGAUACGACUGCUGUUUACAGAUAAGAAAACCACCAUUGAAAAGCUAAGGUGUGUGCGCCCUUCCCGGCCGUCCAGUGGCUCCCAGCCUAGUCAGGCUCACCUUACCCACCUCAGCAAAGGGCCGAUGAGGAAGCCGCCACCUUCCAACACACCUAAGGACAAUCCCAGGAGAUUGCCGCAGUGUCAGCAUGUGGACAUCAGCAGACCCCUCAAAGCCCUUGACGCCGCCCCUCUGCCCAGUUCUUCUCAGCGAGGACUCCCGCCCCUGCACCCGGCUCCUCGUGUGCCCUGCGUCCCUGCCAGACCCCUGCCGGCCAACCCUGCACUCAGACAGGCCCAGGGAACUCGUAAGCCAAACCCUCCUCAGAAGCCUCUGCCUGCAGAUCCUUUAAGCAGGACCACCCGGCUUGCCAGGACCCUGGGACAUCAGGAGUCUGGGCUCCGCCGGGCGCCCAUCAGACCUGCUUCCAAACAGCCCCAUCAAGUGCCCAGAGCCACCCACAUCGCCUAUGCAAAGUGAGAAGCAAGCCAACACCGUUGUUCAACAGUGAAGACAGAAGUUUGCACUAUCUCUCUCUCAACUCCAGUUGGAGUUAUUUUUUGUACCAACUUUUAGAAUUUUUUUAAUGUUUCAAACACCAUGAUUUGAAGAACUUUGAGCUACUGCCGUCGGUGCUGUGCUGUGCUAUGGUGCUGUGUAUACUUUUACUUGCUCAGGUACUUGUAAAUUAUUAAUUUAUGCAGGAUGCUUGCUACAGCGCA